AUGAGGCCACCUCUCACCGCCAGCAGUGGUUCUGGAAGCUCUCGCUCGUCGGGAUCAACAUCAGCUACGCGAGAUUCGUUCGAAACGCCUUCCAAACAGCCCAUUAGUGACGCAUACUUCUACAAUACUUUCUCCCGUUCGUUCAACACGUUGAUAUUAGACGAUGACAGUCAAACCCACAAGAAGAAAAAGAUCAGUAAGUCGCCUCCAUUCAACUUGAAACACGAUACUGGCGCCAGCGGGUACGACGAUGAUACUAUUCAGCCGGUACGUUUGUUUAACCAGCGGAACCCGACCCAACAAACUUCCUUGAACGACCCUUCACCUGAAAAAUACAGUGGACAAGAAUCCCGCAUACACUCAGGAACCAGCAACAACUCCAGUCUGCUUCAGACGCUUCAGCCGCCUAACAUCCUGAACCAAAUGUCGCUGGAUAGUGAUGACGAAAGGACAUCCUCGAUCAAACGGUCUUCCAAAUACCUCAAUCUCUCAAUUGAGCUGUCGGCGUUAAAACCGCGCCCUGAAGUGGAUUUGAUCCCCAACCUCAACGAGAUCGAAACCCCGGUGUUCAAGAGCGGCGAGCAUACACCCAACCAAUUCAAAAGACCCCAUCAGCUCGUGAGCCAGUCCCCAUCACCAUCUUCGGUGGGGCUCGGCGCAAAGUCCUCGUCUCAUCUACUUCUCUCGGGCUUGGGAAGCUCAGGACUACAUUCUCCUGCCAAAAUGGGCAAGACCCCCACUCGUUCUAAUCCCAUCAACAUGUCUACGCCUUUUUCGAGGGUGUCCAACAAGUUGCGAAAAACUUCCGAUAGUCCAUUCAGAACUGAAAACUUGAAAAAUGAUGAGAAAUCAAUCACUGCAUUUAAUAAUCAACUUGGCAAACCAAACAAGUCUCAGAUGCUUGCCGACCAGGCUUCGAGCCCGUCCAUGAGUUACCAAUCCUCCCCUUUAAAGGGCCAUGUUACAGAUUUCAUGGAUAUGUCAGAAAGUCCGUCAAGAUAUAAAAAACCAGCCCAGCCCACCGUGACAAUCUACGAAGACACUACCGCUGAUAUCAGACGAAAUCGAACUCACCACGCUGAGCUGUAUGUUGAUACCCCAAUUGACGAUGAUAAAGAAAAUAUUCACGAACCCAAGUCCAUACUCGACGAAUCAAAAUCGUAUCGGUUUGUAAAACCGUUACAAACUGCAUUCCGGUCUACCGGGUUGCUUAAAAAGAAUAGUAUUGCUAGCAUUGGACGAAAACGACCUCCAGAGACCCCCGUCAAGCCUCAUCCAGUUAUGUUCCUAAAAGAAUCGAAAGAGCCCUUAAAGCUGACGCUUGGACCAGAUAACUCUGACGUUUCUAUCGAAAUUGGUCGAAAUGCAGCUGCUCUUGGUUCUGUGACCGACUUGGGCUCAAACGAUAGCUUCUUCAAGAUACCUUCACCUGCUAAGACCUCAAGUCGAAGCAACAAAGUCAGUGUCUUGGGUGACUUCGAUAUCGAUUUCGAUUCAGAUGAUAGCAUGAAUCCGGAAACUCCCACCAAAGCAGUCAAAAAAUCACACUCUACACCUGCCAACUUUAGUCCCCUGUCCUACAAGCACCUCCACCUCAAGCUUCCAAAAAAUCAACCGCAAACUUUGGUGUCAAGAAUGAAAUCCAAGAUGGAACCAUCCACACCCACAGCUCUAUAUCACGAGUUAGGAGGAGAGGGAAUGUUCAGUUCAUCUCAAGUCACGAUUAAAGAACCCAAGAUAGACGAUCAUUUGGUUAAAAAAUUUGGCAUUAAAAAUAUCAAGUACCUUGGAAGCGGUGAGUUUUCUCUUGCUUUCGAAUGCUCAUUUCAAGGACAGCGAUACGCCAUCAAAAGAACAAAACGACCAGUGCUUGGUAAACUUGAAUUGAAAACUAUUCGAAGAGAGAUUGAAGCUUUGCGUGUUCUCACUUCGGUGAAAGAUAACGAAAAGGCAAACUUGCAAGAACAAGAAGAAGGUAAGGAUUUUCUUGUUUACUUCAUCGAGGCUUGGGAUUUCAAUGAUUACUACUAUAUUAUGACUGAGUUCUGUGAAGGAGGAACUUUGUUUCAAUUCUUGGAAGAGAACAAAAACUACAAAAUCGAUGAAUUCCGAGUAUGGAAAAUAUUGAUUGAAAUCCUAAGUGGAUUACGGUUUAUUCACAUGAAAAAUUACCUCCAUCUUGACUUGAAACCAGCCAAUAUCUUUGUUACAUUCGAAGGUUUUUUGAAAAUUGGUGAUUUUGGACUUGCAACCAAAUUGCCCAUCCUUGAAAAAGACUUUGAUCUUGAAGGAGAUCGCAAUUACAUUGCACCGGAACUAAUCAACGAUAAAAUCUACACUCCUUUCGCAGACAUCUUUAGCGUGGGGUUGAUGAUCUUGGAAAUUGCAACCAACGUUAUUCUCCCAGACAAUGGAACACCUUGGCGUAAGUUGAGAUCUGGAGACCUCAGUGAUGCUGGCAAACUAUCGAGUGACAACAUUAGCGAUUUUUUGCUGCAUAGAAACUUCUCGUCCUUGACAUCCUACAACUCCAUGGCGAACUCUUCUACAUCGUCAUUAUACCCAAGUACAACCAUUCAACUCCAGCAGCCAAAUACCACGAUUAGAGAGGUGGAUCUAAGGGACGUGAUACCGAGUGGUGCACCCGAUUUCUUGGUUGCAUGCGGCUCGAAUAACCUCGACCAAUUGGUGCAUAAAAUGCUCAGGCCAGAUCCAUUUGAGAGGCCCACGGCGAAGGCCAUUUUGGAGAUGCCUGAAUGCAUAACGAUAGAAGAACGACGCAAAGCCGGGGCAAUUAUCUUUGAAGGAGAGUUUGGUCCCACGGACGACGACGACGAGGAUGAUGAAGAUACUCGUUAG